AUGAAGUAGGUGGGUCACACCGAGAUAAGAGUACUGGCAAGAAGCCCAUGAUGCACUGCAAGCCUGGGCUUUCUCACGAUCAGAAAUUGGAAAAUAGUAAUUGCCUUAGACAUCCGUAGUGCUUGGGUUGCACAGUACUCAGACGCUUGGUGACCACGAUGGUUAUAUUACGUGGAAAUGCUCUACGCAUAAUAAUGAAAACAUAAUGCGGAGAAACUUUGACCAUUCCACAUCUCAUAGGUUUCAUCUCAGCUUCAUACUUUGUUCAAUAACCAUCAAUAUUCCGUCGGAUACGAAACUGAAUGGUUGAUUCUAUGGCUGAGAGUAAGCGCGAAGUCUAGCGGAUUUCAUUGCAGCUCGCUUCUCUCAACACUAUCAUGGUAAAAACCUUCCGCUCCUGAUCUACAAGAAAGGCGAAGGCAAGGGUUGACGGACCUCAUACCGACGAAUCACCACCGACUAAACGCUGUGGGGACGGAAGGGUCUGGAAAGCGGCUGAUGGUCAUCAUGGCGAGGUGGUGGAAAGCGGCGCCCCGUGACCGUGUGCUGGAGGUUGGCUGGUGGCUGGCGGUGCCUCUCUUGCUGUUGCUGGUGGGCGGCGUCCGGCAGGUGGAAGCGAGCGAGAGGGGCUCGGCCGCCGAGCAGCAGCGGCGGCAGCAGCAGCAGCAGCAUCAAGGUGGGGGCGAGGAGGCGGCGGCGGCAUCGGCCGCGGCGACCAACAGCGACGGCGCCAACGCCUCGUCCAACCUGUGCCAGGGCUCGUACAAGUGCAGCGAGGGCGUGAUCCUGCCGGUGUGGUACCCGCAGGACCCGUCGGUGGGCGACAAGGUGGCGCGGGCCAUCGUCUACUUCGUGGCGAUGAUCUACAUGUUCCUGGGCGUCUCCAUCAUCGCCGACCGCUUCAUGUCGUCGAUCGAGGUGAUCACCUCGCAGGAGCGGGAGAUCACGGUGAAGAAGCCGAACGGCGAGACCAGCACCACCACCGUGCGCCUGUGGAACGAGACCGUGUCCAACCUGACCCUGAUGGCGCUGGGCUCCUCGGCGCCGGAGAUCCUGCUGUCGGUGAUCGAGGUGUGCGGGCACGGCUUCCGCGCCGGCGAGCUGGGGCCCAGCACCAUCGUGGGCAGCGCGGCCUUCAACACCUUCGUGAUCAUCGCCAUCUGCGUGUACGUGGUGCCCGACGGCGAGGUGCGCCGGAUCAAGCACCUGCGGGUGUUCUUCGUCACCGCCGCCUGGAGCAUCUUCGCCUACGCCUGGCUCUACCUGAUCCUGGCCGUCAUCUCGCCCGGCGUCGUCGACCUCUGGGAGAGCCUACUCACCUUCAUCUUCUUCCCGCUGUGCGUGGUCUUCGCCUGGGUGGCGGACCGCCGCCUCCUCUUCUACAAGUACAUGUACAAGAAGUACCGGGCGGGCAGGCACCGCGCCAUCAUCAUCGAGACCGAGGCCGAGCGGCCCGAGGCCGACCCCGCCGCCUCGGCCGCCGCCGCCUCCUCGGCCAAAGUGGACAUCGAGAUGGACGGCAAGAUGUUCAACUCGCUGCAGGAAGGCGCGGCCUCCACCUCGUCCUCGACGCCGCCCGCCUCGCCCCGGCCGUCCGCCGAGCCCGCCCUCGACGGAGCCGCCUCCGCCGGAGCCCCGGCGCUCUCCAAGGACCAGGAGGAGGAGUCGAGGCGGGAGAUGGCGCGCAUCCUGAAGGAGCUGAAGCAGAAGCACCCGGACAAGGAGAUGGAGCAGCUGAUCGAGCUCGCCAACUACCAGGUGCUGAGCCAGCAGGCCAAGAGCCGCGCCUUCUACCGCAUCCAGGCCACCCGCCUCAUGAUCGGCGCCGGCAACAUCCUCAAGCGCCACGCCGCCGACCAGGCCCGCAAGGCCGUCUCCAUGCAGGAGGUCAGGCCCGAGAUCGACGAGGGCCCCGUCAGCCGCGUCUACUUCGACCCGGGCAGCUACCAGUGCCUGGAGAACUGCGGCUCGGUGGCGCUGACCGUGGUCCGGCGGGGAGGGGACCUCACCCGCACCCUCACCGUCGACUACCGCACCGAGGACGGCACCGCCAACGCCGGCUCCGACUACGAGUUCACCGAGGGCAGCCUGGUCUUCAAGCCGGGCGAGACGCACAAGGAGAUCCUGGUGGGGAUUAUCGACGACGACAUCUUCGAGGAGGACGAGAACUUCUGCGUCCACCUCAGCAACCUGAGGGUGGGCGGCCCGGGGCCCGCGGCCGGGCCGCUGAGCGGGAACCAGCAGCCGGCCGCCGGCGCCCCGACCACGCCUGCGCCGGGCGCGGGCCCACUUAGCGCGCAGGCGCCCUCGCCCAAACUCGGCGGCGGCGGCGGUGGUGACGUAAACGACGCCACCUCGGUCUCCAGCGCCAACACGUCGGCCGUCCCCGCCCCGCCCCCCGGCGCCACGGCCAACCACGUGGCGGGCGCGGCGCUGUCGUCCGUCGCCGAGGUCGCGUGCCUGUGCGCGCCGUCGACCGCCAACGUCACCAUCUUCGACGACGACCACGCGGGCAUCUUCACGUUCGAGGAGAAGGUGACGCACGUGAGCGAGAGCGUGGGCGUCAUGGAGGUGAAGGUGCUGCGCGCGUCGGGGGCGCGAGGCACCGUGGUGGUGCCCUACCGCACGAUCGAGGGCAGCGCGCGCGGCGGCGGCGAGGACUUCGAGGACACGGCCGGCGAGCUCGAGUUCGACAACGACGAGAUUGUGAAAACCAUUACCAUUAAUAUAGUUGACCGUGGGGAAUAUGAAAAGCAAGGCAGUUUCUUCAUUGCACUUGGUGAACCUGUAUGGAUCAGAAGAGGAAUGAAAGGUGAUACUGAAGAUAAUCAGGCCAUUGCAAAUAAAAAUGACGAAGAACGGCGGAUAGCUGACAUGGGCCGUCCUGUCCUUGGAGAAAAUACAAAGUUAGAAAUUAUAAUUGAAGAAUCCUAUGAAUUUAAGAAUACUGUGGACAAACUGAUAAAGAAGACAAACUUAGCCUUGGUUGUGGGGACGAACAGUUGGAGGGAUCAGUUUAUUGAAGCUGUCACUGUCAGUGCUGGAGAAGAUGACGACGACGAUGAAUGUGCUGAGGAGAAACUGCCUUCAUGCUUUGACUAUGUGAUGCACUUUCUGACUGUCUUCUGGAAAGUUCUAUUUGCUAUUGUACCUCCUACGGAGUACUGGAAUGGCUGGGCCUGCUUUGUAGUUUCCAUUUUUAUGAUUGGCAUCCUAACUGCAAUUAUUGGUGACUUGGCUUCCCAUUUUGGCUGUACCAUUGGACUGAAGGACUCUGUUACUGCAGUAGUGUUUGUUGCAUUGGGAACCUCUGUUCCAGAUACCUUUGCCAGUAAAGUAGCUGCAAUUCAAGACCAGUAUGCUGAUGCUUCUAUUGGUAAUGUGACUGGGAGCAAUGCUGUGAAUAUUUUCUUAGGAAUUGGGGUGGCCUGGACAGUUGCAGCAAUCUAUUGGAAUGCUCAGGGAAAGAAGUUUGAGGUGCUGCCUGGAAACCUGGCCUUUUCAGUCACUCUCUAUACUAUAUUUGCUUUCAUAAACUUUGGUGUGUUACUGUACCGAAGGAAGCCAGAGAUUGGUGGCGAGUUGGGUGGACCACGGACUGCCAAGAUUUUAACCUCAGUAAUUUUCACUUUGCUUUGGUUAAUGUACAUUCUUUUCUCAUCUCUGGAGGCCUAUUGCUACAUAAAGGGCUUCUAAUAGUGAACAGAACAUGAACAAAAUGGACGUUUAGUAUUUCACUCACCUGCUAAUGGAAUGCUAACUUCUGAGAGGAUUCCUUUUACUAGGUAGAAGUGGAUCUCGCAGUAUUCCAUCUGCAGGGGCAUCAUAACAGCAAAGGCUAUGAAUGUAGGGCUUAAUCUGCUACUGUACAAAUAAUUAUACCAAAUGGGAAAUAUUUUUUAUUGAUGAUAAAGAGCCUAAAGCAGUAUUUAUGGCACUUUUAACAGCAGUAGCAUGCCCUCCUCCAUUUAUGGAAUGAUGCCUCUGUACUAAUGUGACUGUAUGAGAUCAAAUUGCUUAACACACAAGAAAAAUGGCUCAUCCUGUUAUUUUGUUUUGUUUUGGAUCUGCGUGCCCUACACUUCAUUUAACAUAUUGUGUGCUGACAGCUCCUGAUUAAACUCUAGUGUUGUCAACAUCUUGGAGUUUUUGAUUUAAUUUAAUCUGGGUUCCUUAGU